AUGGAUUUCUUGAAAAACCUCAAGAACCACUUGGAUACUAACGGAACAAGUGACAAGCCUGUCAUCACUUAUAGCACGACUAUAAUUACAAAACGUCUCGAAAAUGUAAUAACUAAAACUUACGAAAGCAAUUCACCGAUCGAAGUAAAGCUUCCCGAAGGAAAAAUUGAAGUAGUAAAACCACCCGAUGCCAAUAAAAGACCCGAUGAAGUUGAUUCCGAUGAACCCGAAAUGGAUGAUAGCACUGUAGGUUACAAAGGUGAAAAAACUGAUCCCGCCAGUCGAUGCUCUCCUGUUGUCGACGUUGACGAUUUCAAGAAACAUCUUGAUCUGACUGAUCAUGAUUUUUCCAAAGUCGAUGCUUAUGCCAGAGAAACUCCGAAAGCUGAAGCCGAGAACGCCGCACGGUUAUCAAAAUACCUUACCAAACCUUGGAAUAAUGAAUUGGAUAAAUUGCGUUGCAUCUUCACAUGGAUCGCCGAUAACGUAAAGUAUGAUACCGACGCGUACUUUGGUGGCAAUAUCCAACAGUGUGGUCCAGAAGACGUUUUGAAAACACGUGCCGGCUAUACACCUGGUUGUGACAUUGAUAGUCGUCAAUUCGCUCAUUCGUGGAACGGUGUACUUUAUAAAGGAGAAUUUCUCUUGGUUGAUAACACGUGGGGAGCCGGUAUUCUUAAUGGAACAGAGUUUGAAAAACAUUUCGAACCGUUUCAUUUCCUUUGUUCUCCAACUCAAUUCAUUUAUAGUCAUUUUCCAGAAAAACCAGAACAACAAUAUGUAGAACCAAAACUUACCAAAGCAGAAUUUCUUGAUUUACCGUACGUUAAGCCAAAAUUCUUUUCGUCCGGUCUAGGGUUCGUUAAACAUCUCGGCAAUGAGAUUAAAGUAUCGGAUGAUAAAGUUACCAUGGAAAUCGAAAGGAUUCAUCCAGACGAGAGUAAACCUUUACAUGCUACUCUUGAGUGGAAGGGUCAAGAAUUGACAGCAUUGAUUCAAAGGCUUGCCACACCCGGACCAAAAGGUGGUAGAAAGUACAAAUUGUCAUGUACUUGUCCAAGUAAAGGCGAAGGAAAGUUUAACAUUUUUGUCAUGUUGAAGGGUAAUGAGGGUCCAUUAGUGUCUUCUUUUAUAGUUAAAAAUUCCGGGUCUGGUAAACAUUUCACACCUUACGUAGAUACUUAUAGUGUACCGUUUAGUUUCACCAUUCAAAAUCCUAUUCAUGCAAAAUUACCUUAUAAUGAACAUGUCAAAUUUGAGAUCACAAUAUUUGAUUUAUCCGAAUCAGAAUUACCUUCUUUUGCAUUAUUUUUACCGGAUAAGACCACAAAAGAUCUUCCAAAAGUUUCAAGUACAAGCGAUAGUUGUACUUUUGCACUUGACACUUGCGUCGAUAAAAAGGGUAAAUGGAAUUUAACCUAUUGUUCGCAACCAAAUACUUUUAAUUUUAUUGCUCAAUAUAAUGCCGAGUAA